UUCACACUGAAGAGAUGCUAUCGCUUCUUUACCAUUCUCUGCUGCUCAUCUUUGCUCAACAGUGUGUCAGCAGGGCUCAGAACCAUGGUCAGCAGCUGGCUCCUCGUAGAGGCCAGGCCAUGGCCGAACGGCAGCAGUUCUGCCAAUGGCCCUGCAGAUGUGGAGAGAGGCCUCAAUGCGCCCCAGGAGUCAGUUCCAUCCUGGACGGCUGCGGAUGCUGCAAAAGCUGUGCCAGACAGAUCGGAGAGCCGUGCAACGAGAGGGACCUUUGUGACCCACACAAGGGCAUGUACUGCGACUUCUCAGCCGACCAGCCGAGAUACCAAGUGGGAGUGUGUGCUUACAUGAUGGCUGUCGGCUGUGACCUGAAUGGGGCCCACUAUGAGAACGGAGAAGCCUUCCAGCCCAGCCACCUCUAUAAGUGCACAUGCAUCGGCGGAGCCAUCGGCUGUACACCUGCUUUCAUCCAGAAACCUGCUGGUCUCUUAGGCCCUGCGCCGCUGAUGGGCAGAAGGCCAGCCAACGGUCAAAGCCCAAACAAGCACCAGCAGGACACAACGUACAUGUCAGCUUACAGGGAUCCUCCUUUAGCCUGGAAGAAGAACUGUUUGAUCCAGACCACCCCCUGGAGCUCCUGCUCCAAGACCUGUGGCCUGGGUAUCUCUGUUCGGGUCAACAACGACAACGGCAAGUGUGAGAUGAGGAAGGAGAGGCGACUUUGUCUGCUGCGACCAUGUGAGAAAAGCCUGCUAAGGAGUCUGAAGAUGCCAAAGGGAAAAACAUGCCGAGCAAAAUUCCAAGCGAAGAAGGCCGAGAAGCUGACGCUGUCUGGCUGCACCAGCACCAAGAAGUUUAAACCCACGUACUGCGGCGUUUGCACAGACAACCGCUGCUGUGUGCCCAACAAGUCCCGCAUGAUCAAGGUGAACUUCACCUGCAAAGGGAAGUCCAGCACACAGUGGAAGAUGCAGUGGAUAACGUCGUGUGUGUGCCAGAGGAGGUGCAACGAUCCCGGCGACAUGUUCUCCGACCUGCGUUUACUUUAAUGGUUCACAAAGUCAGACGGUCACGCAAACCCUGCAGCGGUGACGUGCCUGAAGAAACUCCAGAAAAAGCAACGAGAUAGAAGAAAAAUCUAGUUUGACAAGGAAAAAGAGGAGGAGAUCAUUUGAUAAAUUAAUGUUAGUAAAUACUAAAAGCUUUAAUGAAGCCUGUCUUCAGGACAGAAAUGUGCAAUAACGGUGGAUGUAGAAAGGGUGCUAGUAGGAGCACGAAGGGCCAGAUGCAUAAAACUGUUUAGACUUGUACUUUUUUUUUAAAGAUGUGUAAGUAUGCUUCAGUCAUCUCACACACACUCACACACAUAAGCCUAAUUUCUACUCCAAUGGUCAGCCAUGGAUGGAGACACUCCCUAUUUGAUUCCUUUAAAAAAGCUUGUGCACCACGACUCAACCGACACGAUCAUGAAAGCAGCAGCAGAAUUUAAACACAGAGACCUUCUGGAUGCGUUCCAGAAAUGAACCAGGCUCACUUCUCUUUGCUUUAUCUGUAAAAAGAAAAGCUGCCAUCUUUCUGAACCUACUGGUGCAGUGGACUGCAGGUGCUUCAGGUGCCACUGUGUUCAACCUCAGUGCAGUCAUGUUUGAUAACAUCACGUUCAUUUCCUCUAUUCCUGUCAACUUCUUUCAUUUUUAUUUUCCCAUAGCUUAAACUGCUCUAAAAGAGGAGUGAAUGUGGUCUGAA